AUGAUCGGACACCUCUUCAGCAGCCGCAAAGGCGCAAACGCGUCGCACUCCAACACGGCCACGGUGCUCGAUUCCGCCACCGAGGACUCGCACACGCGCCACCUGCUCUAUCCAGAGACCAACACGCUCUUCCACCCUGAAGGCCAGCCGUAUCCCCUCCAUGGCGCCCCUCUGACGCCGGGUAGUGGUCAUGAUGGGCCACUGCCUGAAAUCGACCUCGAGUUCCCCCGCGACUGCCGCAUCAUCAUCGCCCAGGAUGAGACUCCGGCCAUGCCCAAGGCGAUCCUGUUCGACUCGAAGCCGGCCCCACCUCGCGCCGAACCACCUACCAGUCCGAACACACGCGCGCGACCUUUUGGCGGGGGUAAUGCCAGUGGUGUCAGUGCCAGUACUGCAGGGUCCAUGGGCGCGAGCCUUCAUGCCCGUAGAUCUUCGCUGGCCACGGAGCCCACUGCUCCACCGCGCUCACCUACUGUAGGCGCUUUCACGCGCAUACGCACCCGCGGCAGCUCCAUCUCGUCCAUGCCGAACAUUGACGAGCAUGCACAAGUCCAGGCCAAAGCCCAGGCAAAGGCCAAGGAGUCGUCUGAUCUCGCCAACAUCUGUCUCGACUGCAUGUUCGGUAAUUUGGCCAUGAACUAUCGGGGUAACUCAAAUAAGAUCCACAUUGUGCCGCUCGACACCAAGCCAGAGCCUUCAAUGCUCAGCACAAGUGUACAGGAUGCCACAAACUCCCUGGGUCGUGCCGAGGGUCUUCGCCGGAGAAGCCAUCUCGCCAAGUCAUUCACACCCUCGAACUUGCCAACCGAACUCCCCCACAGCAAUUCCAGCGAGAGCAUACCCAAGGAGCCGAAGCGGCGGACCAUCUUCAUCACCCGCAUGUUUUCUGUAACUGUACCAGAAGAGGAACACGACGACCGAACACCUACCCCGCAGAGUUCGCUCCCCAAGGGCAAUGGCUUUCCCUUUCCAACAACAAACACCAAGAUGGGAGCCACCAAGCCGCCCUACCCUUCGAGCGUACGAAAGAGCCCCAUGUACGCCAUUACCAUUAUUCUUCACUUGCCGAUAUCACACACAUCGCCAACUCUAAGACCGUCAUCCCGGGGCACAAAUCUGAGAACCCCGGCACAUCUCUCCACAUCUGCGCCUGGACAGGACUCGCUUCCUUCCUCUCUGGAUUCUGAUCGACGUGCGGGAUGGGCUUUUAUCGAUUCAAAUUUAGGUGUCGACUCACUUCUUUCGGCUUCUCUGAGCAGCGAUGUGGACGAUCGGGUAGAUGUGGUUGGACAGCACUGGGACGUCAUUAUGCGAGCUCUCACAAGUCUCCAACAAGUCGUUCAGGAGCGUAUUCUGGCCCAGUUCAAGUCGCCAAGAUCGCCCGAAGGCAUGUCUACACCCAUAGCGCAUCACCAGCGGAACCAGUCCUCACGAACCAACCUCCGAGAUGCCCCCCUCAAAUACCCACGCAAAGCUUUAAGGCUACAGCCCAACGCACUCAUGAUGGACAAGGAGAUUCAAACCGCGGUGGAGUUGACUGGGACACGUGUUGUGAGUGGCAUGAGGAUUCCUCGUGUGAUGACGGGUCAGGGCAAAUGGGGCGUGUGGCGCGAGGAGGCUCGAUGGCUUGGACGGUGGGCAGGUCGACGGGAGCAGAACUUCUUCUUCUUCAACCUGUUGACGGCCUUUCUUGGAAACCACACUGAGUGGUUGAACCUACUCGGUCCCAGGUGGCAUCGCAAGCGCCAUCGGGAGCAACAGAAGGCGACGGCUGGGGAGAACCUGACUAUUCCCAACCGCACUGUCAUUGUGUCUCCGGACAAGAUGGCUGCACGAAGGCUCAUCUUCCUGCUUGCUGCCUUUAUGCCACCUAAUGCGCCUGUCCCGAACGACACCAGCUAUGCGCGUCCGGGCACAUCGACUUCUCUUCGUGCCUAUUCUCAGUCACCUCCCACCAAUAUGCCGCCAUCAAGGCAGCAAUCGCUCCGUCGUCAGAUUAACCGGAAGGGACCCAGAGGGAAAUCAAGCAUGUCCAACAUCUUGCUACAGCCCCCAAAGACACAGAGCAUGCACCACCCACCUGCGCAGAUCGCACAUGAGCGCUCCGAGUCCGCUCUAAUUGAAACUCCAGAACCUCCACGACCUUUUGGACACUCUCGGCGAUCUUCGGCACAUUCAAUCCGCACCAGCUUGUUGAUUCCGGCCAUGUCUGAAGUGCCAGUUACAGCUGGCAGCACCGUUACAACCUCCACAGUCACACCCCAGGAAACAGUACCUGUUGCUCACUUUACCUUUCCCCGGACAAAGUCUUUUGGCCCUGCAACUGACACGCGGCCUGAGAGCAGUGACAGUCUGGCAUCUUCCAACUUGAUCAGUACCUUGCAAAGAAGUGGCACAGGACAGACUAGUGUCGCGAGUAAUGACUCCAGUAACACAAGCCGAUGGAGCGGUUUCAUGAACUUUUGGAGUGGUGGCCGACGUUCGUCCUCUACCGAUCAGAGUGAAUAUUUUCAGACUACAGAUGACGGGGUGGGGUAUCGUGGGCAAGAGCGGCCGCGGUCGACACUUGAGUUGAUGGUACAAGAACUUUCUAUGGAUAGGGUUUUUGAAAGCGAUGUCAUCGACUCUCCGCUUCCGCCGGACACAUCGGCCGACAACGCCUCGCCUGAUAGCUACGCUAAUGGUGGAUGUCCUGGUGUACCGGCUUCAGCUGCAAGACCGAUUCCCGAGCGUCAAAAGACGUUUGGGGCGCCCUUGAAACUGUCAGUUAAUGAAAAGGACGGUGUUAUCGAUGUCGAUAUCCCACUGCCUGACUUUGACUCGCCUCUUCAGUCGCCAUUACUAGGCGGCUUUGGGUCAGCUUCCAGUCAGCCAGGCUCCAGUUAUGGCGAGUCUUCCGUUCUGUCGAUGCCACACUGUGAGCCAGACCAGCCUGUCAACGUGGCUGGAUGGUUAAGUGCGUUCCACCCUGAUUUCGCCGUACAAGCCAUCAAACCCUACCGCGAACUGGAACGCGACAUCAAGCGUGCCAUGAGCGCCGAACCUACCCCUCUAAGUGCAGCAACGACACCAAACAUGGACUCUGGUCCCUGCGAACGCUGGAUCGACGUCUGCUCGGCCCUCAUCGCCGACACCAGCAACUUCUCCAUCAAACGCAUCAGCCUACGUCGCCUCGUCAAACUCAUCCCAACACCCACAUACCAACACUCGGCCAUGACACCCGGUCUUCCCGGCAUGCCCCCAGGUCGCUCUCAAUACGGUAACCCUUACACCUCCAGCGCCGUCGUCCCCAUGAUGAGCGAAGUGCAUCUUGCGGAAAAGUUCAUCACAGAGCAAAUCAUGGACUUUGAUGCUACACUCAUCGACGGCGUAGAUCGCGUCCUCGCGCAAUCUGGUGAAGUCACUCGUGUCAACUCUGCACAUUCCUCGCGGUCUAGUAGCCGUCGCGGUCGUCGUGAUACGAGAGCUGAUUCAGAUGCCGUGCCUCAUGUUGAGGUGCCGCAUGUGGAUUGCAAGAGUGUGCUUUUUGAGGCGUUGGAGGUGGUGGUUAGGGACGUUACGGCUGAGAGGGGGGGUCGCCAUGGUGGUGCUGGGGGUAAAGAAGGCGGUGAGGAGAAGAAGAAGCCCGGUGUGGGUGAAGCAAAGACUGAAAAUGAUUCUUCGUUGAAGGAGGGGAUUAGGCGGUGGUUGAGUGAGGUUGAGUGA